AAAAGAUGCGGUGAAAAUGCAUCAUUGAAGUUGAGAUGUCACUGAAGUUGCUUGUAUAUUUAUCUGCACACUGGUGGUACAAUGACUAUUUAAUACUCAAACAUAGUCUAUGCUGAACAUAUUCACAAAGAAUUAUGGAAUGCUGUUUAUCCUGAGACCAACAGUUUGGGCUGGUUAGUGCAAAAAAAAAAAAAGAAUGACCUCAAACACAACUCUAUCCAUUCACUCCGACUCAAAAACAACAGUGGACAUUGUCAUCUACGCCAUCAUCGUCCUCCUUGGCACCACCGGGAACUCUGUGGUCAUCUGGGUGGCCGGCUUCCGCAUGAAGCCCAACGUCACUAAUGUUUGGUUGGUCAAUCUGGCUGUAGCUGACCUGAUCUUCUGCCUGACACGAGUCACUUCACUCCUCAAAAAACUUUUCUAUGACCACUGGCCUUUUGGGGUCUUUCUCUGCAAGUUCAAUGGCUUCUUCAAGUACGCCAACAUGUUCUGCAGUGUUUUUCUUCUGGCUGUCAUCAGUGUGGAUCGAGCACUGUGUGUCUGGUGCCCAUUGUUCGCCAGGAGACGACGGACGUUAUGUGCUGCUCGUGUGGUCAGCGUGGGAGUUUGGAUCGUGGCGGUGAUCUUAAGUUCACCGUACUUUGUGUACCGGCAGGUCUUCCCUGGCAAGAAUAACUUGAGUCACUGCACACUGAAGGAUAAAGGAGCAGCAGAUGCAGUUGGAAGUUCAGCCAAGUAUGUCUAUUACUUCAUUCGUUUCAUCUGUGGAUUCUUGUUGCCCUUCUUGGUCAUCCUUAUCUGUUACAUACUAGCUGCUGUUGGGAUACGCAGAACGCGGCUCUCUGGCAAAUCGAGGCUUCUUCGGAUUCUUGCUGUACUGGUCUGUGGUUUUUUCUUAUGCUGGGCCCCCUACCACUUUCUAGGACUGGUCAAAUUGGUGAAUAAAGACAACAAGGUGGUAAAAGUAGGAUGGAGUAUGGCUUCAAACUUAGCUUAUUUCAACAGCUGCAUUAACCCGGUGCUGUACUUCUGCAUGGGACUGGAUUUUAGUCGAUGCUGCAACCAAAGUUUGUCUGGGAUUUUUCACAGAGCUCUUACGGAGGAAGGCCAAUCCCUGUCCCAGCGGAGCACUGGGGAAGACAGCUGUAGUUCCAUUCCAAAGACUGUGUGUGUCACUAAAGUUUAAGAGAUUUAACUUUCUUUUUCUUGUUUAUUUGUCAGGUCUAUAAGAAUUUGUAUUAAUUUUUAUUAGUAUCUGACACAUUAAAAAAUUAACAUACCUCAGUGUCUGGUCUUCUGGUUAGCUUUCAUCAGUAGUUGGAGCCUAUAUGAAAUAUAUUGCAAAAUAGUGAAAAUAAGAUCAUAUUGCAAUAUGUGUAAUUAUUGUUAUACAAAUGUUUAUGCAAUAAUUGUACAUUUUUAUGAUCGGUUAUGUUUGUCUACAUGUGUAUGUUUGUUAAUUAUCGGGAUGACAUAGAUAAGCCCACCUGAGGCAGGAAGAGAAAGCGGAAAUUAUUUGUGGCCUAAUAUAAGGGAAGGAACCAUUUUUGAUCAGGUUUAUAUGAAAACGGGGGUUAAUGUGAGCUCAUUUUUAUUUCUGUAAUAUUUACUAUUGCAAUAAAUGCACAGUGUAAAUAAGCUUCUGAUGCAAUUUCUCUCCAUCAGAAAAAGCAAAGAACAAACAAAGAACAAACAAAGAACAAACUUGACCUUUUAGGUCCUCAUAGCAUGCGUGAGCACACUGAUAUAAAUCAACUAACAUCUACACUGACACUGCAACAUUAAAGGUUGUGCAAUACUGCAAAAUGAUGUGAAGAAAAGCAAUACUGCAAAACAAUGAUGUGUUAG